AUGGUUAAACUCUUCCUGGCUUCCAGACAAGAAGUUAAAAAUAAGAGGAUCAAUGAGGUGUUCAGGCCAGACUUCUUCCAGAGUAACUUUUGGCUGUAUUGGCAAACCAUGUUUGCAUUCCAAACCUGGCACUCUACGUUGGAGAUGAAGCUCUAUCUCCACCGAUUUGUGAACCACAUCCACGGCAUGCCGGAUUUCUCCACGCUCAAAUUUACAAAGUACAACCAGUACGAAUCGCUGGUGCUGCCGCUACAGCAGUGGCUGGAGGACCAGGGCGUCAGGUUUCAAUUCAACACCACGGUUCACGAUGUGGAUUUCGACAUUACCGACCAUGGGAAGCAGGCCAAGUUCAUCCACUGGGUUCAAGACGGCCAAAAGGGUGGCAGGGCCGUUGGUGUCGAUGACCUGGUCUUUAUUACCAUCGGCUCCCUGACCGAGAAUUCCCACCUCGGAGACCAUCAAACUCCUGCCACGAUUCAGGACGGCCCUGCACCAGCAUGGGAUCUCUGGAGACGCAUCUCGGCCAAGAGCACCGACUUUGGUCGUCCAGAGGUGUUUUGCGGCAACAUUCCCGCGACAAAGUGGCAGUCCGCGACCGUGACGACGUUGGACCCUCGCAUCCCGUCUUACAUCCACAGGAUCUGCAAGCGAGACCCGUUCAGCGGCAGAGUGGUGACUGGUGGCAUUGUCACCGUACGAGAUUCCAACUGGCUCAUGAGCUGGACUGUAAACCGGCAGCCUCACUUCAAGAACCAGCCCAAGGACCAGAUCGUUGUUUGGGUCUACAGCCUGCUCACCGAAAAGCCAGGCAACUACGUCAAAAAGGCAAUGCAAGACUGCACCGGGGAGGAAAUCACGCAAGAGUGGCUGUAUCACCUGGGUGUUCCCGAGGCCGACAUAGCAGUUCUUUCUGCAACAGGCGCAAAGUGUGUGCCCGUCAUGAUGCCCUAUGUCACGUCCUUCUUCAUGCCGCGGCAGGCCGGAGACCGUCCAGAUGUCGUGCCCCCGGGGUCCAAGAAUUUCGCAUUCAUCGGCCAGUUCGCCGAGACGACGCGCGAUACGAUUUUCACCACCGAGUAUUCCGUUCGAACGGCCAUGGAGUCGGUGUAUCAGCUUGCCGGCGUGGACCGCGGCGUGCCAGAGGUUUUUGCCUCGACCUACGACAUUAGACACCUGUUGAAUGCGUCCUGUCAACUGAGGGAUGGCAAGGAACUGGUAACCUGGCUGCCGGAGAGGAUACGGAAGCUUUUGUUUGAGAAGAUGGAGAAGAACCAAAUCGGCCAGCUUUUGCACGAGUAUCACCUGAUCUAG